AUGCUUAUCAGUGAGACACACCUCAAAGCCAAACUCCAACUCAAUAUCCCGGGCUACUUCGUGUACCGUCAAGACGAGGUGUCGCCGCAAGGAGAAGCAUACCGUGGACUGGCUGUCCUGGUGAAGAGGACGCUAGUACACCAAGCCGUGGAACCCAAAAGGCUCGACACCCUCUAUGCCCUCGGCGUCGACAUCCAGGUAGGCGGAGGUGAGAUGCGUCUUGACGCCGCAUACCGGGCACCUUCAAGACCCCUUCGAGUCCAAGAGGUCCGCGACCUACUACUUACCGCACCUCCAACAACACCAACAAUCAUAGCGGGUGACCUGAAUGCCAAACACCAGGCCUACGAUACGAACUACGAAGAGGUCGACGCAGCGGCAGUCGAACUCGCCAGAGCCCUACAAGCAGCGCUGCGCGCCUCAGAAAGCACCAGGCCGAGAUCGGAACGGCAGGACCCACUGUCCCACCAGAUCCGGAAAAUGCUUGAGGAGAAGCGCGAAGCCAAAACCUCUGGCAGAGAACCAGACACCCCACAACCAAAACCCGGUACAAUAAAGCCACCAACCAGGUCAAGGCUGCACUGUGGGAACACAGGGGCGACGCGUGGGAGGACUUCCUGCUCUUCAUCGAGGACGAGCAACCUUCCAUCCACAAGCUCUGCAAAAAAACUAUCCGCAGAGCCUACCCCCACUGGCCCACUGUUCGGACACGACGGCCUUCUCCGGUGCCAAGCUCAAGACCGCGCCGAAAUUCAUCGCGCACAACCUAGAAAGGCAGUUCAUGCCCCAUGA